UUGAUGGGAGAGCCACAUACACCCAGGAAGAAGCGCAAUCCAGUGCUCUGGCAUGGUUUGCCAUCUCCAAACACCCCUACUUUCCGCAGUGAUACGCACUAUACACCAUCGGUCGGCUCCGCGAAAGAAGAGCUGGCUUGGCAAACCACUCGGGGACAAACUAAAGACGCUAGGGAAGCCGAAGAUGUCAACACUACAAUUUUGCGAGCAGUUGAGGAUGCUACUCAAAAUGAUGCAGUACUUGCUCGCGAGCUCGAACGCCCGAUCAAUCCAAUAAAAGUUCGCCGGAGUACUAGACUGCCUGUUUUUGAUCAAGACACUGUCCAGCUACCGGCUACAGACCCAAAGACUGCUCGGAAAUCACCACCUUCACCAGCGACACCCGAUCGUGACGAGCAUGCUGAUUUCAGUGUUGUACCUAUCAAGAGCGAUCCGGUUCCCUUCGAGGGGCUACCGACUAUGCAUUCUCUCUCUUGGCAACUACAGUAUCCUCCAGGAGGAAGCACACAUCCCUCAUAUCCAUACCCGGCAAUGGACCCGCGUCUCCUCUUCCACCAAGCGUUCGUUCCUAUCGUCGGUGGCCUCCCAGACUUUACACUUGUCCCCAAACUCGUACUUCCGAUGGGAUGGAAGCAUGUCUCCUGGUCCGGACUUCUUCUAAUAGCUUUCGAUCCGUACCGUCAAGCGUUUAAGUUGACUCCUGUUGGAGCAAUACCGCUUACCCGUGAGGAGCUAAAGCAGCAAGGAUUACAAAAGUACGUACCAGGUGGCGAGUUGCACCCUGAGUUCGGCUUGUUGCCUGAAAUGCUCAAGCUGAGUGACGGAAGUGACGCCGAGGUGUACAAUUUCGAUGGUGUGGAUUGGACACUGCCGUGGGAAGGGCAAGUGGAUUUCCACGCCCCUCGUCGCACCAUAGACCAGCAAUGUAAUGGCGGUGGAACCAACAGCCCCACUAAUUCGAACACCUUCAUACCCAUGAUUACUUAUCCAUGGCGCGAGGCUCGCGAUUGUCCGAAUAAGAUCUUCGACCUCAGCGACGCUUGGCGUUGGCUAUCAGAAAAAGAGACCAACCAUACCGCUGACUUCAUCCCCACGCCAGAGAAGAAAUUGCACGGAAGCGGAGCAUUUCGUUCAACACGCAAGCUCAAGUCGCCUAUCCCCGAGCUUAUGAUGCUUUCUAUGCAGUCGACCCCUACUACACCAAACAUCCAACUCAAUCCGCUGCUUCAGAACCAAGACUCUAUGAAGGACAAGAACCAGUUCUGCCCAUUCAAGAGUGUUGCAACACCUUGCACUGUGAACAUCGCCCUUAUUGAGGAUACGGAGUUCACAAUCAUGGAGUUGCUGUCUUACUUUCCGCAGCAUUACUAUUGGGGUCACGCAGCGGAGCGCAUGGCAAACGCUGGCGUGACAGGGAGUAUGAUACGGGAGUUCCUUAUCAUGACGCGAGGGCUUCAAGGCGAUGAGGUGGUGAAGCCAGGUAGUAUCUCAUGUGCUGCUAUGGCUGCAAGGAAGAGGGACUGCACCAAGCUCGAGGAGGUUGAAGAAAUGGACAUCGACGAAGUCGGCAAAGACACACCUACACCUUCACCCGCUCUCAAAUCCUCAGUCAUCGACAUGACCACGAACCAUACGGCUGAAGGAUGGGUCUACGAUGUUUGGGAGAAGAUCGAUUACCCACUUCUCGCCCUCGCCCACGGCUUACAGUCGUUGCCUACUGGCCCGGACGCCGGACCACUGACAGCACUCAUACUCUGGUGCAGAGAGAAAGAUCAAUACCGAGCUCUAUUAAGCGAUGUACCUACGCUAUUCCGGGCAGCAGAUAUUAAACCGCUUAUCGAAUCCGGUGACGAUGGAUGUCCGGACAGAGAAUUCGCAGGCAGGCAUGCUGGAUCGUUGAAGAAGGAUAGGUUGAGGGUAGUUCGAGACGCUGGUACUCACAAGAGGGCACUUAGUGGAAAUGUAGAUGAUAGCCAGGGAAAGAGGAAGAGGCUUGGGUAGACGGCCUGCGGGAUCAUUCAAAUCUCUCAAAGGAGGUGAGAGGAACGCGGAUUGCAACUGAAGAAGUCUCGGAGAACAUGUUGG